AUGGAAGUAUAUGUAGAUGAUAUGUUGGUGAAAAGUCUAAAGGCGAAUGACCAUAUUAGAGAUCUUGAUGAGGCAUUUCAAGUCCUAAGGAAAAGUAAAAUGAGGUUAAACCCAGCCAAAUGCGCUUUCAGUGUCACCUCAGGGAAAUUCCUUGGCUUUAUGGUCUCAAAAAGAGGAAUAGAAGUGAAUCUUACAAAGAUUAAAGCCAUACUGGAGAUGCGCCCACCUGAAAGAGUUAAGGAACUACAAGAACUCACCGGGAGGAUAGCGGCUCUGGGAAGAUUUAUCUUAACCUCCAGAGAUCGUUGCUUACCUUUUUUCAAAGCUUUGAAGAACCAAGCACGAGAGAGGGAAGUUAAAGGGACCAUGCUCACCUUCGAGUGGACGGAGGAAUGUCAGACCGUGUUUACGAAAUUGAAAAGGUACUUGGCACGACCACCCCUCCUGACCAAACCUGAACCUGGAGACACAUUACAGUUGUACUUGGCAGUUACCACAAUAGCGUUGGUGGCAUGGUCAGUAGAGUUAGGUGAAUUUGACAUCCAGUGCAAGCCCCGAAAUGCCAUUAAAGCUCAAGCCCUAGCAGAUUUUGUUGUGGAAUGCACACUACCCGAAGAAGAAGCUCCCCCACGUGAGGAGCCUGAGGAAUUGACAGAGCAGUGGACGCUAUUCGUGGACGGUUCAUCUAACGUGGAUGGUUGCGAUGCAGGACUGAUAUUAACAAGCCCUAGAGGGUUCUUAGUACAAUAUGCGCUAAGGUUUGAAUUCCAAACCACCAACAAUGGGGCGGAAUAUGAGGCACUAAUUGCCAGAUUGAAAUUGGCACAAAGUUUGAUGGUAAGAAAUAUUGCUGUACACAGUGACUCACAGCUGAUAGUCAACCAGGUCAAGGGGGAAUAUGAGGCAAAGGAACCGUGCAUGGCACAAUACCUAAGUAGAGUACAUGACCUGAUUACUAAGUUCAGCCACUUCGAGAUACUCCUAGUGCCCCGAGCACAAAACGUGUCAGCAGAUGCCCUUUUGAGGCUGGCCACCUCAGAUUUUCAAGACUUAGGUAGAACCAUCUACAUAGAUGUCCUCGAUACUCCGAGCAUAGAGCAGCCAGAAGAGAUAUUACCAAUCGAGAUGGAACCCUAUUGGAUGGAUCCUAUAGUGAACUAUCUCCAAAAGGGUACAUUGCCCGCCGAUAGGGAGGAAGCAAAGAAAGUAAGAAUGAGGGCAGCACGGUAUACAAUGAUAGGAGGAAUACUCUAUAAAAAGGCGUUCGCUAUGCCUUACUUGAAAUGUCUACGACCAACUAAGGCGGAGUAUGUUCUGCGAGAGAUACAUGAGGGCAUUUGUGGACAACACUUGGGGGGCAUGGCACUCACUCACAAAGUCAUCAGACAAGGAUAUUUUUGGCCCUAUCUUCGCAAAGAAGCGAUGAGUUUUGUCUGCAAAUGCCUGAUAUGUGAAAAAUUUAUGCCUGUCACUCGCCAACCUGCACCUGGGGGAAGACAAUUUGUAGUUGUGGCUGUGGACUAUUUCACCAAAUGGGUGGAGGUAGAAGCUUUGGCUGUGAUUUCUGUGGCAAAGCUAAGGAAGACCUCAAUUGCCCACCCCCAAUCCAAUGGACUAGCAAAGACGAUGAAUAAAAUUCUACUAUAUGGAAUUAAGAAGAAGCUAGAAACAACCAAGGGAUUGUGGGUAGAAGAAUUGCCUAACAUUUUAUGGGCAUAUAGAACAACAACGAGGCUGGCAACAGGGGAAACACCCUUCAUGUUGGCAUAUGGAACAGAGGCAAUAAUUCCUGUGGAGAUAGGAGAAACAUCCAUGAGGGUGCAAUUCUACAAUCCAGAAGUUAAUGAUGAAGAAUUAAGGAUAAACCUGAAUCUAUAA